GAAGCAGUGCAGGGAGAUCAGAGAGCAGGAGCAUCGCAGUGGCCAUAGACUCGUUCUAAGCUAGAAGUCUUGAUGGAAGAGAAUGGCGAUUCCAACAGGCUAUCUCCGAUUCGUCAUUUUCGAGACGUGGUUACAGCCGUCUUGAACACAGACGCUUCAAAUGAGGUUCUUGUCCCAACAGAAGAACAGGGUUCCAAUUUACGUGCAACUGAGAUGGCAUCUAGUUCCGACAAUCGCCUCAAUGACGCACUAUUUGUGCUGUAUGAACCACCGGAUGGACUACCUUACGACACGGAGAUAAUAUUCGUGCACGACGUAUAUACUGAACGCUGUAAGGAUGCAUGGAGCACGACAUGGACCAGCGAAGAAGGCAUAUGCUGGCCAAGAGAAUUCUUGGCAAAAAAGUUCCCAAGAGCUCGUAUGUUAUCGGUGUCUUAUGAUGCUUGUGUGACUACAAAUAGUACCCAGGGCCGAAUGGACUCCUUGUCCCUCGUUGCAGAGAAUGUGUUGCUAAACCUUUUCCUUUCAACGGGCAACGUUGGGCAGACAUACAACUGCCCAAUUUUGUUUGUCGGACAUGGCCUGGGAUGCUUCGUAAUAAAAAAUCUGAUGAUCCAAGCUUGUGAUACGUAUAAGGGGCAACAUGAGAGAAGGAAUAAAUUGUUGAGGAACGUCGGUGGGUUUGUGUUCUACUCUCCUUUCAACUCCGGAGUCAAAUGGAAUUUGUAUCAAUUUGAGCCUGGUGAAAGUAAUCCACUGACGAACUGCAUGAGACCAUACCAUCCAGGGCUUAGUCGACUCAAUGAUGAUUUCAGAAAACUUCGACAAUUUAUGAAGGACAGGCGAAAUUCGAAUGAUCUGGAAUUGUGGAAGGUUCUGACGAUAUGCGAGUCAGAUCGAACGCCUGGUGCUUUAGGAAGAUCAGUAACAUUUGUUCCAGAGGCAUCGUGUAGACCAGACUGUGAUUACUUCUGGUUUGGAAAUGGUGACCAUUUCGAUGUCUGCAAACACCAGUCAACGGGAGACGCUGUAUAUCAAAGCGUCGAAGAGUUUCUUGAUAAAAUCCUGAAGAGUGAUAAAUUAUCUAGUCCGAACUCCAUACCUGAGUUUGAUCCGACAGCAGAUGAAAACAUUUGGAAGGCACUUCUCCCCCGGGAGGUGUUCAUUGACCUAUUUCCGAACAGAAACCGUUUCUACACUUACGAAGCCUUCACGGAGGCUGCUAUGACAUUUAUCCGAAAGGGAUUUCUUGUCGACGGAUCCGUGGAAGACCAGACAAGGGAGAUCGCAGCUCUUCUUGCCCAUUUCGACCACGGAACUAGUGGACUGCUAUACAAGGAGCACAGUUGCCCGUCAAGCACGUACUGUGAUCCCCAGAUCGAUUAUCCUUGUGUUCCAGGAAAAAGUUAUCAUGGUCGAGGGCCAUUGCAGCUGUGCUGGAACUACAACUACAAAAUGUGCGGCGAAGGUAUAGAGGAUGACAGCCUUUUGUCCUGUCCAGAAAAGCUAUCACAAGAUCCCGUAAUUGCAUUCAAAUCAGCGCUCUGGUUCUGGUGUACGCCCCAGUGGAACAAGCCAUCCUGCCAUUCUGUCAUGACUGGAAAGUGGACUCCAGAAUCUACGGACAUCGAGGCCAACAGGCUGCCAGGUUUUGGAUUGACGAUCAACAUAAUCAAUGGAAUUGAAUGUAACAAAGAGUCAGCUGAGGCUAAUUCGCGUGUGGAGAAGUACAAAAAGUUCUGUGAGCGUUUGCACGUUGACCCAGGAGAAAACAUAGAUUGCAGAUAUCAGAAGCCGUUUGGACAAGUCUGAGCACGGACGAGGAAUGAGGAAACAAUCGUCUGACUAGAUAAGUCUGAAAUAUAGAAGUACAGAAAUCUCUCUGGAGAUGGCGCUUUCCUGAAAGGAUUGGAGGCGAAGAACAGUGUUUUAUUCCCAAGAUAAAGCUCUGUAUUCUUCUCUGGAUUCUAUUCACCGCGUCAGUGAAGCGGCAGUGCGAUCAAGAGUGUAAGAGCAUUUGAACAACCUCGGAGCAAUUCACGUACAUCCGACGUCUCAUCUCCAGAACUAGUCCGGGCUCUACAACCCCUAGCGCACUUACAUGUACAGCUGAAGUUGCGAGCAGAGUGAAACCGACAUGCUCAACUCCUGAGGACUCACUGCAGUGGAACAAACACUCUCGGGUCCACCGAAUUAGGAUUUACUGCACAGACCUUGCCGUUUCGCAAUCACAGGAAAUAAAGAAUCUGAGGCUUAGUCUGCUCCCGCUUUGUAGUUGCACGAACCGUGUAAGAACGGAUUAUGAAAAAGUCAUGGCGAGAUUGAUAGAAGAAUCUGCAAGGCUGCGCAGGGAUUCGAAGUUGCUCGGGAGUCCGUUCCGGGGCACGCAACUGUUAGUUAUAUAUAUACAUACAUGUAUAAUAUCACAUCUAUGUAGAGGCAAAUUUGACUCAAUAAAUAUGUGGUUUUCAUUUCAGUCGAAAACCAUGGGAGAAUGUUGGGAUUGAGAACUAGGUCGCA